GAAAUUUUAUUGAAUUAAAAGCAUCAUUUAGUUUAUAAAGGGUUUUUAGAAUAGGGAAAACAUAUGGAUUUGCUAGCAGCAGUUUUACGUGAAAAUGAUGAAUGGUCAGAUGAUUCUACGGAACAAUUAUAUCCCUAUUCAUUAAAUAUUUCGGCUUCAGAAUCUAAAAAAGAUAAACGACGACGGUUAUUAAUUGAAAAAUUAGAUCAUAUUUCUCGUGAUUUCAUAAUGAAUAGAGAAAGUUACUUUCAUAACCAACUUUUAUCGCUUCAAAAUGAAAUGCAACAGCUUCAUGAUGGAACACAUGAGGAAUAUCUUGAUAGUCUUCGGGAUUUAGAGGAAAUCCGAGAAAAGGAAUUGAAAAGUAUUCAGCUUAUGAAAGAUUUUUUAUUAAAAAGGGCCGAGAGCGAAUUUGAACAUGAUGUGGAAUUAUUAGAAGAAGAAUUUACAAUGAGCAAGGCGACAUUAAAAUCUAGACUACUUUCACACUUAUUUUCAAGAAAACGAAGACUUCAUGAAGAUAAAGAAUUACUUGAUAUUGUAAAUGAUUCAUCUUUUGUAUUGCAUUCUCAUUCUACUACAAAUCCAUCUUUAUCACCUAUUUCAAUUACAUCUACAGACAAAAGAAAGCUUCGACACAGAAAAGGUUAUGUAAAUAAUAAAUCUGGGCUUGCUGAAGAUAUAUCUCUUUUUUCAUCCACUAUUUAUAAUUGCAAGAAAAAUUCAGAAAAUAUCAGUUCUUUUCUUAAUUCCAUAGAAGAACAAAUUACUAAAGAUCGUAGCCGAGAAAAACAAGAAAGAGAGCGUGAUAAAUCUUCAAAUGAUAUACUUGGUGCCAAAGAAUCAGAAAUCAUGGAGGAUUUAAUUGCCAUAAAACAAUUAACAAAUCCUGCAAAAUCAGAAAGAAAACGCAAUACAACAUGCUAA